GGUCCUGCGACAUUAUAGCGUGGCCGCCGCCCUUUAGCCCCGCCGCACUGUCAACCCCUUGAAUGGAGAAGUCUUUAGCCAAACUGACUCCUAAUUUUAGGUCACUAACACUUGAAGAAAAACACCCAUCUGGCAGUUUGGUCAAUAAAUAAAUGAAUCCUCACAUGGGCUGUGGGCUGGCAUGGCUCUGUCUUUCAUUUAAGGGAUUAAGCAUCCCUAUACCUCUUAGUUGUUAAAAUUGAAUUCUACAGAUCAACCCCUCUCUUAAUAAAAUAUUGAGUGUUUUCAGCUUGAAGCACAUGGUGGCAUGUCUCACUUGGCCUCCCUAGAUAAUCCCAUCUCCAUCUUUCAUUAAAUAACAAAGAGAAAAUACCAGAAACUUACGUUAACAUUUGAUUUGGUUUCAUUUGACUGGGGCUGAGGUAUGGAUAUGGAAGCCAUUGAUGAAAAGGUGAAAGCGGUUGAUCUUUUAGACGAGUGUUGGUUCUUUGACAACUUACUAAGAAGAGGAACAACAAUGGUCAGAUGUCAUUCUGAUCCUUGUACUUCCUCAAAUUUUAACCAGUUUGAUGAAAGUACUUCUAGUUCAUCAAGAAGUAAGCUUCCUGGAGAUGGUGUUGUUGGCUCUAAUAAGCUGAUUCGGUUGCCAUCUUUGCCCCCUUGUAUAGGGAGGAAAGAAGAAGAUAAUGUUCAAGAGAAAGAAAGGAAUUCUGGGAAAACUAAUUUGGCUGCGGCUAAACCUUGUGUAGCGAAUAAGGAAGGAUUUGCUGGACAAUCUUCGCUGAGAAAUUUGCUGAGAACUCCUUCUUUACCACCAGAUUUCGGAAGAUCAGAAGACCUCUACCAGGACAAAGAUAGUGAUGUCAGAAUGAGUAAAUUGAUUCGGCAAGCUUUUGCCAAAUCUUCAGGCUUCUUGCAGCAUCAGCAUUCUUCAAAGGGUUUGGCACAAAACUAUGAAAUUCCAAGGCACAGGCUGCCGAGAAACUUGGAUUUAGAAAGUCAUAAUAACACAACUGGCAUCAGCGAAAUGAACAGGCGAUUCAGCCUGAAUCAAGGGAAAAUGAGGAAGAGCCUAAGUGAUCUUGAAUCUGAAGAAGUUCAAGGCUUCAAGGACUUGGGAUUCACAUUUGAUAAAAAGGACUUAAACCCGGGUGUGGUUGACAUUCUUCCUGGUUUGCAAGAGAAGAAGAAAGAGGAAGUGAACGAAGAGGAUAAUAAGAUGAGGAAGCCUUAUUUGUCGGAGGCAUGGCUUGUUCAGAGCUGUGCACCUCCUGUUCCUUAUUGUGUAUCAAAAAAUUCUGCAGAAGAAAUGAAGGCACGAAUCAAAUUCUGGGCUAGAGCUGUGGCAUCCAACGUUCGUCUGCAAGAGUGUUAGGUUCAUUAAAAUGGAUGUAAAUUCUCUCUGAUAAUCCUUUUCUGGUCUUUUUGCAAUUCCAGAGAUGCUUUCUGCUUCUGGGAGAAUAUACUUUGGGAUAAGAAAAGUAGAGAUUUUCAGGAAUUGCCAAAAGGAGUCCAGGGAUAUAAAUUUCUCCAACUUUCUUUUCUUUUUCAGGUUCAAAUCAAUUAAUACUUGAUGAACUGUACAGGGCACCAAGGCAAGUUUGAUUUGCUAGAAAUAACCCUGUAUUUUAUUGUGAAAAUGGAAAUGCAAAAUCAGAAUAAAAUUUAUUCUUUCUUCUGGAUUUA